UUUGUUGUUGUUUUUAUCAUCUUGAACCACAAUUUUACUUAAAAUAUAUAUUAAAUAUAUAUAAAAAAAUAAACAAAUAAUAUUAUUUUAAAAUUAAUAACAAUGUGCUUUUAAAUUAAAUAUUUUUUAUCAACUAAUUCAAUUAAUAACAAUAACUUUUAUGUCAACUAGAAAGAGUGAAUUUUCAAUUCAUCAAAUACCAGAUUCAUAAUGAAUUAAUGGAAAUAAAUUAAUAAUAAAAGGAAAAUAAAUAAAUAUCAUUUUAAUAAAAUAACCGAUUAAUAAUGCCUUAUAAAUAAAUGACAAUUGUAAUAAAUUAAACAAUCGAAAAUCAUGGAACCACCAGAUUCUAUUCCAGUUGCUAGUCCAGACAUGUUCGACAGUGAUGAUGAUUAUGCUAAAAAUAAAUCUCCAAUUAAAGCAUCACCAAAAAAAUUAACACAACAACUUAGCAAAGAUGAAAUGAUUAUAAAAAGUGAUAUUUAUUUAAUGAAAAAAAUGAAUGAAUCACUCGGUGGUAUACCACCACCUCCAAAGUACACAAUUUGUCAACGUAAUUGUGCAGAUUUGCUUAGUAAAAUUAAAGAAAAUAGUAAAUUUUUUUAUACAAUUGAUCCAUCUAGUUUAUUAAAAAAUAGCUCAUCACAAAAUUGUUUUAAAAAAACAAUGAUUAAUUCACAAAUUAAUCAAGAUGAUAAUUUAGGAACAUUUCAAACAGUUAUUAAUGAAACACAGCUAAAGAAUUUAUCAUGGCCAUUAGCUUAUAAAGAAAAAGCAUUUGGAAUUCAUUAUAAUCGUAAUAAAUAUGUUGAAUACAUUGAAAAUCAAUCAGUUAGAUUGAGUGAUAGGUAUAUUGGUAAUGAUACACAAUCCUCUUUUGUAACAAGUCUAACAAGUAAUAGUAAUGUUCAAAAAAAAACAUCAGUAAGUAAACGUGGUGUUGGACAAAGUCCUGGUAAACGUUUAAGUCAUCUAGCCAAGAGAAGACGAGUAUUUUCAAUAGCAAAUUUACAAAAAAUGAAUGAUAAACCACACUGUUUAAUAAGUGUUAAAAAAACAGUUAUGAAAAAAGCAACAAGUCCACGUAAAAUUAAUAAAUCAAGUCCAAAAAUAUUAGCAGCAAAAUUAUCAACUCGUAGAUGGUCUGUACAAAGUCAAAACUCAGGAUCAUGGAAAUUAAAAACACCACCAUGUUGUUUGGCUCAUAGUUCACCAAUUCAUCAUACUAGAUCAUCAAAUAAAAAAAUAACAAAUAAUGAUUUAAAUAAUCAAACACAAAGAAUAAAAAGAUCUUUAUUUUUAACACCAGUUAAAAUUGAUCUAACUAUUGAUGAUUUAAACAAUAAAAAUAAUUGUAAUGAAAAUAAUAAUUCAAAAUUGAUUAAAAAACUUUCAUUUGAUUGUACUGAAGAUUCAAAUGGAAUUCCUUCUUCAGUUAGUAGCAAUCAAUCGAUGAGAGAUGCCAAAAAUAAAUCAAAUUCAUCAACAAAAAUUGGAGCUAAAAAAAUGGACGACAUCGAUAGAAAAAAAUUAGUCUGGGCUGUUUCACAAGCACUUAAAUCAAAGGGAAUUGAUUCGAAACAUGUUAAAUUUCAAUACUACGGUCGUCAGCUUGUUAAAAAAGUCAAAGAAAUAAUGCCUUACUUGGAAAAUCAUGAUAUUCCAAGAAAACCUGGUAGCACAACUGAGCGAAUGUUGGCACAUGCCAAAAAAUAUGCAUUCCUUCUAGUCGAUGAUAGAGAAAAGUAAUAUUUUUAAUAAUUAAUUUUAAAUAAUGUUUUUAGAAUUUUAUAAUCAAUUUGACUUUCUUUUCUUUUUAUGUAAAUAAUACUAGUGUAAUUUAUUUUUUCUAUCAUUUAAUCAAUUCAUCAUUUUUUUUGAUACAAAAAAUAUUUACACUAUUGUUUUAGUAAUAAUAAUAAUAUUUAAUUAAUUUUUUAAUUGAAAGGCGGGUCUUUUUAAGUCACAAAUAUUCCAUGAUUAAAAAAAAUAAAUAUAAUUAAAUUAUAUAUUGUAAAUUACAAUCAUGUUUUAUUUUUUGGGAUUAACGAUGAUAAUAAAAUUCGUUAGAAAUGUACAAAUGAAUUAAUAAACAAAAUUUUAGAACAAAAAUUAUUAAUUUAUUAUUUAUUUUAUAAUUUAUAUAAUUUAAUUUUAAUAAAUAUAUAAUAUUAACAUAUAAACAAUAGUAUUUUUAUGUUUAAUAAAUAAAUAAUAA